AAAAGACGAUAGCUGGCUACGUCUCUGCCUUUAUCUUGUUGCCACAAGAAAAAUGAGAGGGGAAUAGAGUGCCCCAAGAAAUAAAUUAAAGGGAUAUCUAAACUUUUUUACAUCAUUAAUAAAUGGACUCUGGUGAUUUCUGAUUCGUGACUCUUCCUCUCUCUCUCUCUCUGCAUUAUUAGGUUUCUCUCCGGUUAUAUUGUGUCACUUUCUACGAGCUUCCAUCAUCUCCCCCGUGUGUAAUACGUUUCAAGAUCAUAUGGUAGUUUCACCUUCUAGGCAAAAUGGGGCAUUUCUCUUCCAUGUUCAACAGCUUAGCUAGAUCGUUCUCGAACAAGAAAGACAAUAACAAUGGUAAAAGCAACGCGAAGGAAGCCGCAGAUGAAAUGGCGAGAGAGGCCACGAAGAAGGCGAUGAUUCUGAAGUCCUCUGGUUGUGUUAAUGCAGAUGGAUCCAAUAACUUAGCCUCUGUUUUCUCCAGACGCGGUGAGAAAGGUGUCAAUCAGGACUGUGCUAUCGUCUGGGAGGGAUUCGGAUGUCAAGAAGACAUGAUGUUCUGUGGGAUAUUCGAUGGACACGGUCCUUGGGGUCAUUUCGUGUCCAAACAAGUCAGAAACUCAAUGCCUAUAUCUCUGCUGUGCAACUGGCAAGAGACUCUAUCUCAGACUACAUUAGUAGAACCCGAAACGGACCAGCGGUUCGCCAUCUGGAAACACUUGUACCUCAAAACAUGUGCAGAUGUCGAUCAAGAGCUUCAGCAUCACCGAAAGAUCGAUACUUUCAAUAGCGGUACAACCGCUCUAACCGUUGUGAGACAGGGUGAAGUUAUUUAUGUAGCAAAUGUUGGAGAUUCACGUGCCGUACUGGCCACGCUAUCAGAAGAAGGAGGUUUAACCGCGGUUCAGCUCACCGUUGAUUUCAAACCAAACAUACCUCAGGAGGAGGAGCGUAUAAUCGGAUGCAACGGGCGAGUAUUCUGCCUUGAAGACGAGCCAGGGGUCCACCGUGUGUGGCAACCAGAAGAGGAAUCUCCAGGGCUGGCAAUGUCGAGAGCAUUCGGAGACUAUUGUAUUAAAGAGUACGGAUUGGUCUCAAUUCCUGAAGUGACUCAAAGACAUAUCUCCAAUAGAGACCAGUUUGUAAUCUUGGCCACUGAUGGGGUAUGGGAUGUGAUAUCAAAUGAAGAGGCCAUAGACAUUGUUGCCUCAACCGCAGAGCGGCCAAAGGCGGCUAAGCGGCUGGUGGAGCAAGCGGUUAAGGCGUGGAAUAAGAAGAGACGUGGCAUAGCGAUGGAUGAUAUCUCAGCCGUUUGCCUCUUCUUCCAUUCUUAGUCAUUGUCAUCAUCUCUAACGCAACAUGUUAAGUUAUUAACCCUGCCACAACCUGAAAGUAUAUAGGUAAUGGUUUUGGGACCUAGAAAAUGUUGUUGUCAUGUAAAUAGACUUUCACAAGAUCGCACUGAAUCUUAUAAAAAUAAGUUAUGUAUUGUACAGCUUGAGGCAUAGACAUUCACAAAUAAGUUUCUUUUAUUCUUCUAUA